AUGGACAAAAUAGAAUUGACAAAGGGUCAGACUGUGCUGCUAGAGCUGGAAGGCGAAUGUGUCAUCGGAGAGGUUCUCCAUAUAGGUUCGAAAGGAUCCUUCAUUAGGUUGAAGAACGUACGUGAUUUCCAGUCGAACAAUCCCAUAGCUGGGAAUCAGGAUUAUUACAAAUCGGAAAUCAGGAACAUCAAAGUUGUAGAAGAUUUUGACACAGCCAGUCAAGUGGGAGAAGAGUCACGCGCUGGGAAUUCUGUAGUAUCGUCGGUGUGUCCAGAAUCAGUCAUUCGAAUAAAUUUGGAGGACGUUCAGGAAAUCAAUGAUAAAAUAGAUGAUCACAUAUUUAUUCAUCAAACGGAUGCAAAAUACCACGAUGCUAUCCGUUAUCUCAAAACUCAGAAGCACCUGGCAGUGGCGAUGGAGGAGAUCGCUGGAGGACGCCAUGCUUCUUCCCCAUCGCUGUUGUCCAUAGCUACCCCAGAGCAAAUAUAUGUGUUCGACAUCAUGUGGAUGGGUAUCACAAACGAUAUGAAAGUUUUGCUCGCGAGUCCCAAGAUUCGACGGAUAGUACACAACGCUCGCUUGAUUGGAGAUGUCCUCAAACAUCGCUACGGAGCGCCAUUAGGACGUUGUUUCGAUAUUUUGGUUGCCCACAUAUCGACGGUCAGCAACUACGACGAACAACGGGAAAUGAGCGUGCACGAGUGCUUGGCCAAGUACCUGAAUCUACCAAACAACUUUUUCGAUUCAAGUAUCAACUUUAAAAAUAGACCCCUGAACGAAGGGCAGCGUAAGGCGGCCGCCAAAAAUGUGGCUUUCCUGCACACCUUAGAGGAUCAUUUUAUCCACGAAGUUAUGCUGGAACCUUUCUAUCGUAGCUCGGAACGUUACGGGGCUAGUUUGGCUCGGUACGAUGAACACGUCGAUAGUAUUAUUCAACUGUCCAAACCGCGAAACGAAGAUCUCCAUGAUGUCGAACGAUUCCAGCUGAACAUACGAAAUGACGUAACUGGCGGGGACGACGAUGAAGGAGACAGCAGCACAGUACUCAGCUAAGGAAACCAAAGUCCCAUUUGUCACAGGUAACUUUGAAAUUCUUGAUUGUUUUGCCGAAUUUUUUGCAGCAUUUUCGAUAACUGCUAUGAAUACUUAAGUUUGCCCUUCCCCAAAAUUGGUUUGGUAAGAGAAGAAUGUGUAGAAUGUCCAAUACCUUUGUCAAAAGUGCUUACAAAAUGUGAAAAGCAGAAAACUGCUUGCACGGGAUUUUUAUGUCCUUGUGCCAUUACUUCAAGAACCUAAUAUGAAAUAAGUCGUGUAAGGAUAAACUUGUUUUGAAAUUGAA